CCUCGCCGGGCUCCAUGGUGCCGGAGGCGCUGCCGGUGCCCGGACCGGGGCCGCCGCCGCCGCCGCCGACGCCGCGCCGUCUCCUCCCGCGCCGGGCCGCCCCCGCCGCCAACCGCUCCGGCUCCGGCUCCCGCUGCCUCCAGCCGCCGCCCGGGGGCUCCGUGGUGGCGGCUCCGAGCGGCCGCCCCGCGCCGCCCUGCGCUGCUGCGUGCGCCGCCCGCGCCCCGGGCCCGGGGCUCCGCGCAGGCGGUUCGUGGGAGCGGGCCGGGCCGGGAGAGAGGGCAGGCGCGGCGGCCGCGGCGGCGGCGGGGGAGGAGCCGCGCCGGGCGGCAGGAACUGAUGUCAGGAGAGCGGCGGCUCGGCUCCGCCCCGCCUGCCCGGGACCGGACCGCGCGACCCGGGACCGCGACGUGACCGGGGGGCUCCUGGAGCCACUCCCCGAGGGUGGGAGCUUCCUUCCUGGGACCCUCAGCCCCGGACACUCGGGCCCCCUAGACCUCUCCCGGGACCUGGGGGCUCCCACUCCUCUAGUCUGUCUGGGACCCCAGCUCCCUUCCUGGGAGCUUUCUGACACUUGGGGCCCCUUGGUCCUCUCCUGGGACCCUCAGCCUCGGAUAUUCGGGCCCCUUAGACCUGCUCCCGGGACCUUGGGGCUCCCACUCUCCCUAGGGACUGCCUAGGGACCCCCAGCUUCGCACCUGGGACCCCUCGAGCCUUCGAUCCCACCGGCUCCCUGGACACUGUGACCUUCCUGGCUCUCUUAGCACCCGCCCAACACGUCCGCCUCUCCAGUCCGCAGGACACUACAAACUCCCUGUUCCCAGCUGCCCCUUUGGUGCUGCUCCUGGGACACUGACCUUCCAGGUCCCCUUAGUCGUUUCCCCAGGGACACCUUGGCCUUCCUGCUCCUCAACUCAAAUCCUGGGACCCCAACCCCUCUCGCUCAUCCCAUGGCUUUUCCUGGCCUCGUAGCCCUGCUAGGCGUCCCCUCCCCAACCCCACCCCUGCUUUUUCUCUCCGGACACUCUGACCUCCCAGUCCCCAUUGACCCGCACCGUCCUCCUAGGGACACUCCCACCUUCCUGGCUCUCUUAGCACUUGUCUAGGGAUUCUCUGACUCUUCCGCUCCUUUCCCAGGCCUUCUGCUCUUCCCCUGAAUUCGGUCACCUCCCCCUUUGGAGACUGAAGCCCCCUCUCACAUCCUCUCUGUUAGCUUGGACAGUUCCCUAAGCUUACUUCCUGGAUCCCCUCCUCAGUCUUGUUCCUGAGAUCCUUACACAGUCUGUCCUCACCCCCUCCCCCAUUUCACUUUUGGUAUUCUCCAAACCCAUUAGUUGGUCUCCCAGGACUCUGCUCAGCCCCACUGAAGACACUCUGCCUCCUCAGCACUUUUAGACUCCAACCCAAGUGUCGUCCCCCCCCCCAGGUUGCUUUACUUUCUGUAACUCUAAUUAAUGAUUGAUAGCAUUUUUUAAUAUGCUUGUUGAUAACUUGGAUCUCUCCUUUGAAAAUUUCCUUUUUUGAGCAAUGGAAUGCCUAAUACUCUUUCAAGGACACCUUGCUGCUCUAGCCCCUCGAUCCCCCCUCAGCAAUACUUAACCCCUCUGGUAGUACUAUUCCUAUCUAACACCAGCCCUUGCUAACUCCUCACCUGAGACAACCACUCACCUAGGACGAAAUAAUAAUGAUACUUAUGUAAUGCCCUCCUCACAACAAUGCUUGGAGGUAGGUAGUCCAAGUAUUAUUAUACCCAUUUUACAGAUGAGUAAGCAGGAUCAGAGAAGUGAAGGUCACAUAGCUACCAAAUGUCUCAGGCAAAAUUCCAACCCAGGUCUCUUGACUUAAUCCAGCUUGCCUGCCCACAGUGUGUCAGAGCAUGCCCACCUCACUCCCCAUUAGUUUCCAAAAGAAGGGUGCUAGAAAAUUUCAUGAUUUAGGCAGCAGGAGGACUUUAGGGAAAUGGAAGAGAGAUGCUAGAAUAGGCAUUCUCACAGAGAUUAUUAUUUCAGGAUUAAGGUCAUCUAUAGCAUAGUUGGGGCUCCUCCUCUGUUCAUUUUCUACCAUACUUUAUUUUUGUUAGGCAAUGGGGUUAAGUGACUUGCCUGGGGUUACACAGCUAGUGUUAUGUGUCUCAGG